AUGACGUCACCCGACACGAACGUUCCUUUUGCGCGGGAAAGCACAAACCCAAAGCUACUAGGUUUGUGCGCAUUACCAGAGAUUGAAAGUAGGUUGUUAGAGUCAGUUGUUCAAGUUGAAAGAGAAUGCGAGAUUUCUACAAUACCUUCCUAUUCAUUUGGAUUAGUUUAUUUUGGGGAUAUAAUUGCUAAUCGUAUCACCUCAACUACCUUAAUAGAUAUCAUUGGAGAGCUUAUUACUAUUGGAAAUGUAAAAGAAGUUGAGAGCAAUGGAACAACAUUAAAUUACAAUGCGGUUUGUAGGGUGAUUACGUUGUUCAAGUUUCACAAUAUGCACAGAGAGCUAAUUCAGGAAUUAUUUAUAAUAGUGAUUCAGCUUGCGAAGACAAAACCAUAUGGAGGUAAAAUUACUAUUACAAAUGCCUUAUAUGCGUCCAAGAUAUUAAUCAAUCCCGACAUACCUAAAGUUGCUGAUCUAAAAAAAAAGGUUUGCACAUGUGUGACAUUGGCAACUAUACAAAAAAUUCAAACAGAUUAUAAUUGUUUUACAAUGCCUGCAAAAAAUGUCAAAGGAAGUUAUAGGCUGAAAAUGGUAAAUUUUGGUGUGAGAAAUGCAAUAAAAAUGCAAGAUUUGUUAUCCCAAGGUACGUUAGGAAGUAUGUACAAGGUUCAGGUUUUAGUCAUUGACCAUACAUGUACUACAUCAUUUGUUCUGUUUGAUCGUGAAGCUAAACAAUUUAUUCACAAAGCUGCAGUCGAAUUGAGGAAGCUUUCAGAGACGGCUUAG